AUGCCGCUCAACGGCCCACGGGCGAACCCCAAUCCAUCUCAAGGGACAUACAACCAAGAUCCCAUCCCAUCAUAUUCCUCACUAGAUCAUCCAUCCGACACUCCCACUCCAACAUACAGCUAUCCUCAUCAAUCCAGUCCUGAAAGUGGUACCGCACGUUUAGAACCGCUUCCUGCUCGAGGUACAGGGGAGGAGAGUGAAGCUCAGGAAAUAAUGAGGGACUAUCGAUCUUCUCAGUAUAUAGAUGAUGGUGGUGAUGUAGGUCUACUAGCACCUGGUAGAAAUCAGAAUCAGGAUGAUGGUUAUACCCAGAGAUAUGGGGAUGAGAAUCCAUACGAAGAGGGUGAAAGGGACAUUCAACAUCCUCCUCGAUCAAUCUCACCUUCGCUUGGUCCUUGGGAUUCAGCCUCUCAGAGAUCAUUACCAUACCAUCCUAAUCAAUUCCCUUCACACAGUAUACCCCUCUCUGACGCCGGUCGAAGCGGAGGACAUAAAGAUAAAGCUCCUUCGUAUGGCGGAUUGAGUUAUAUAGAUGAGAAUGGUGAAUAUUACCAUACCAACAAACCUCGACCUGCUUCUACUACACUGCAGAUGCAAGACAUAGAGAGGGACGAGGUUGAGAUGGGCUUAAUAGGAAACACCAAUAGAUCAUCAGGUGGUAUAGAACCUAAUCCAUACUACUCAAAAGAUGGAUAUGGAGAAUCACCUUAUCCAUAUCCUUCUUCAUAUACUAAAGAUGGUUAUAACUCUGGAUCGGGUGGAAUGAGAUUAAGAGGACCAAAUACAUUAUAUGACUUCUUACUUUUCCCGACUGGUCUGGAUAGGCUAUUGGCCCUCGUCGGGGUGAAAUUUGGUCAAUACCCUAUUGAGCAGGCUAUAGAGCGGAAGAGAAGGGGGAUCGGGGGUCAGAGAUGGCCUGUUGCUGCUUGGGGGCUAGCUAUUGUGAUGACUGCUCUAAUGGUAUAUGAGAUGGUAGCGAACUAUCAAGCAAUGGGAUCACCGAUCGCUACCAAGCCAUCUUUCAAUGUUAUGAUCGGUCCCUCGGCAGAAGUGUUGAUCAACAUCGGAGCGAGGUUUCCUCCUUGUAUGAAAUACGUCGAUGCGCUACCACCGGCUUUCCAGCUAGCUUGCCUGAACGAUACUGCCAACCCUCCGACCACCUCAUGUUCGAUAGAAGAAAUUUGCGGUCAUGGUGGAUUCAAUGGUCAGGAUCCUGAUCAAUCAUGGAGAUUUGUCUACCCCAUUUUCCUACAUGUCGGAAUUGUACAUCUGCUGUUGAACAUGUUAGCUCAGAUUGUAGCUGGGGCCCAAGUCGAGAGGGAGAUGGGUACAAUCCCGUUCUUGAUUGUUUACAUGGCAGGUGGGAUAUACGGCUUCGUACUAGGUGGGAAUUUCUCUAGAACGGGUAUCCCUUCUGUUGGAGCGAGUGGUGCUUUGUUUGCUACGAAUGCAUGCGUACUGGUCGAUUUGGUAUUACAUUGGAAAUACGAAGAAAGACCGAAACUCAAGGCAUUUUUAUUGGCUAUUGAGUUUUUGAUUGGUUUUGGUAUAGGCUACAUACCGAACGCUGUAGAUGGAUUGGCACAUCUUGGUGGAUGGGCAAUGGGAAUCUUGCUAGGAAUAAUCCUCUACCCAUCUAUAUCAGAAACGAAGAGACAUAAGUAUGCGAUAUGGGUAGCCAGGGUUAUAGCGUUUGUAUUAGUCAUACUGGCUUUCGUUUUGACCAUUAAGAAUUUCUAUACUGAUGACCCUAACGCCGCGUGUGAAUGGUGUAGAUACUUGUCAUGUAUACCUACAAGUUCUAAUGAACAUUGUAAAGGAACUGGAAUAACGGUGACUAACACCACGACUACCAAGAGAUCAUGGGAUUCACUCUAG